AAAUCUUAUAAAUUUAAUAAUACAGAAUAUGUUGACGAUUGGUAAUCAUGGGAAAUAUACAUACCAACCAGUAUCCGUACAAAUGCGCCAAACCUUUUAUGAUAAAAAUGAUAUAGGACUGAAUCAGAUAAUGUUGUAAAAUAACAUUACAUUUAUUAUCAAGAGAUAACUUUCCAGCAUGGUCAGCACUGAAUCUUAAACCAAGUUAAUGAACGAAUACUUGUCUGUCGUUUGAGACCACUCUCACAGACAUAUCUUGAACAGCUUGUCGACAAUCACAGUUUUCUCUAAUUUAACUGUGUCACUAGUCCGAUGUAGUUUCUAACCUGAUUGUAUGAUAGGUGUGUUGAUAGACGAGGCGAGUGUCACUGCUCUAAUAUUGUCAUUACAUAACAUAUCAUUGCGCGUUUGCUUGAAAUAAAAAAUAUUUUUGUUUUGAUAUAGUUGAUUAUUUUCAUUAAUGCUAUAGUCCUAUAUUGCUAUUGUCUAGAAUAUAGGUGCUUUCAUUGCAUUUCAAAAGGCCGCCGGUGAUUUAUAGGCGAACAGUUGUGAUUAUAUUCGUCUUAGGCAUUCUAGCGCAAGCCUCCUUAUUAUGUAUCAUGUGUAAAUAUUAAUAAUUACAUUAUGUAUGGUUAGCAUCAUCUAGAUACAACGCACGCGUGUAAAUUUGGUUUAAGUCAUCAGUUCCCCUCUAGCACCAUAAUGUUAUUUUAUAAUGAACACAUGAUGGAGAAUGGACUGGAUGGAAAUUGGCAUUGUUGUAAUAUAGUUUAUAUAAUAUACAUGUAAAAAACGAGGUAACUUCUACAGCAGCAAUUUUAAACGGAAAACAUUAUUUGCAAGCUUUACUGUAACUCCACCCAUAAACUAUAUUUACCUAUUUGGCAAUAUUGGGUUUUGAUCCCCAUCAGUGGAUGGCUAUGGACUGUCGGCCUGUAGCUGUUGGGGGGAUAAGCUCAAUUUGACCAAAUAGGCAUAUCUAUACAUCUCACAACAAAAAUCCAAUCAUCUCUUAAGAAGUUACUUUCUUCCAAUCAUGCAAAAAUCAAAACAAUCUAUGAAGAUACCCCCCUUCUUAUUAUAUAAUGCUAUAUAUUAUAAUAUUAUAUAAUAUAUAUAUUUGUUGUAUGUAAAUAUGUUUAAGUUUGUUUACCUGUUUAUGUAAGGAGAGGACUUAUAUAGGCUCUGCCUGAUGUCCAAUCCUAUAUUGAUAUUAACAUCAGUCAACAAAAUAUGUUGAAAUUGAAAGGUCAUCGAAAGACAGCGCAAUACACUUGUAAAUAUUUGUAAUUACUAUUAGGUUAUAUAAUGAUUGUUAUGUAACACUGGUUUACAUAGUUCAUGAACAGAUAGGGUUCUAUUGCUGGUACAAACAAGGCCACACAUUCAGAAGUUCUGUUUCCUUCAUACGUCAUAUGUUGACAGACAGGUAUUUUUUAGGAAGUCGUUCCUAUUAUUCCAACAUAGGUGUUUGCGUGAUGUCAGGGACUUCCUUUAUUAACAACAUCAAUAUCAUACCAAGAGUUUCGGUACUUUGCAUAUAAUGAUAAAUUUGUCUGAUUUUUCAGAUAAAACACUAGGGUAUGAUGUUUCGCUCAGUGGGAACGCAGUGCGCUCACACCCAUUAGAAAUGUAUCUCAACAUCGGAACAAUAAAUACAGUAGUGACCUUGUCACGACCAGAUGGAUUUCAGGUUGGAAUCUGUUUUGCACCGAUCGGUGGAGUAAGUGGGCGAUGUACUACAGGUUUAACACAGGAUUUAACAACUGGAAUAACUACAUACAGUAUAACAUCUGUAUCACGGACCACAGAUCAAGGUGUUUUGACAAGUUCAUAUGGGAGUGACACUGGAAGUAUUAAUAUUACGGUUUUAACCAUUCCUACAGUAAACGUAAGCGAAUCAGUAUCCUCUAUGACAUUAUCGUCCGGUACCAUUAAUACCAAACGUUUGAACAUCAGUGUGACGUGUGCAUAUUCAGCAGUCUCACUUGGCUUGUCAUUUGUGCCGACUGGAGGAGGCACUGCAAUCGAUGCCCCAUCAUCAACAUCAACAUGUACCUCUACUGGUAACACAGGGUGUACUGACACAGAUGCCAACAGUUACACCUGUGACAUUACACCACAACAUGAGGCAACUCUGUCAGCUGGUACAACAUACUACAUACAUGUACAAGAAACAAUUGAUCUUGAUGGUCAGUACCAAUCUCAAUGACUAAACUCUAUCAUUACUGAUACAGAGAUAAUGGUACAAGAUUAUACAACCUUGCCCUAACCUAACAGGUGUAAUUCUAAACUGUGUCCAUUAUGAAAUGAGCAUUACUCCAGAAUCUUACACAGGAAAUAAAUGUUAUGAGGAUGGCA